AUGGCCCCCGGAAUUGCGACGGCCCCCGAGGCGCCCGUGGUGGCCCCGAAAUCACUAUCGCUAGCGCAGUUGACGGAAGACUGGGACGAUACCAUUCGGUUCUACCUCAACGGCACCAAGGUCGCAGUGGAUACGGUCAACCCGGAGCUUACGCUGCUUGAAUACCUGAGAGGGGUGGGGCUGACGGGGACGAAGCUGGGGUGUGCGGAGGGGGGAUGUGGCGCGUGUACGGUGGUACUCUCACAUGUCAACCCCACGACGAAAAAGAUCUACCACGCUUCAGUCAACGCGUGUCUCGCGCCCUUGAUCAGCGUCGAUGGGAAACAUGUCAUUACCGUGGAAGGGAUCGGGAAUGUGAAGAACCCGCAUGCUGUCCAGCAGCGCAUGGCCAUGGGGAAUGGGAGUCAGUGUGGUUUCUGUACGCCUGGCAUUGUUAUGAGCAUGUACGCCCUCCUGCGGAAUAACCCCCAACCCACCGAACACGCCAUUGAGGAGGCCUUCGACGGCAACUUGUGCCGCUGCACCGGAUACCGUCCGAUUUUGGACGCCGCGCAAAGCUUUGCGGCCCCGGCGAGCAGCAACAGCAGUCCUUGCGGCAAGGCCACUGCAAAUGGUGGUUCCGGGUGCUGCAUGGAGAAGAAGAGUGGCGACGGGGGGUGUUGUAAAGCGCCAGCGGUGGAUCUCAUGGACGGCAAGGCGCCGAAGCUGACGCCGCCCGAUUUCAUCAAAUACAGUACAGACACGGAGUUGAUCUUCCCGCCCGCGCUUCACAAGCAUGACUUUCAGCCCCUGGUGUUCGGCAACAAGAAGAAGCGCUGGUACCGGCCGGUAACGGUGGACCAGCUCCUGCAGAUCAAGAGCGUGCACCCCGACGCGAAGAUCAUCGGCGGCAGCACGGAGACGCAGAUCGAAGUCAAGUUCAAGGCCAUGCUGUAUCCCGUGUCGGUCUACGUCGGGGACAUCCCUGAACUCCGCCAAUACUCCCUCCACGAGGACUAUGUCGACCUCGGCGCCAACGUCUCCCUGACCGACCUGGAGUCGAUCUGCGAUCAAGCCCUACAGCGCUACGGAUCCGUCCGCGGCCAACCGUUCAGCGCCAUCAAGAAGCAGCUUCGGUACUUCGCUGGACGGCAGAUCCGGAACGUUGCGUCCCCGGCGGGGAACCUGGCCACCGCAUCGCCCAUCUCGGACCUCAACCCCGUGUUCGUGGCGACCAACACCGUGCUCGUAGCCAAGUCGCUCGACGCCGAGGUGGAGAUCCCCAUGAGCCAGUUCUUCAAAGGCUACCGAUCCACAGCCCUACCCCCAGACGCUAUCAUCCUCAGCCUGCGCAUCCCCGCUGCGUCGGCGCAAGGCGAACACCUCCGCGCCUACAAACAGUCCAAGCGGAAAGAUGACGACAUCGCCAUCGUCAACGCCGCGCUGCGCGUGUCGCUAUCCCCCGCGCACGAUAUCACCAGCGUCAAUCUCGUCUUCGGCGGUCUAGCACCCAUGACCGUAUCCGCCAAGAACGCAGAAUCCUUCCUAGCAGGCAAGAGAUUCACGAACCCAGCCACGCUAGAAGGAACAAUGAGCGCACUAUCGCAGGACUUCGACCUGAAAUUCAGCGUCCCAGGCGGCAUGGCCACAUACCGCAAGUCGCUCGCGCUCGGCUUCUUCUACCGCUUCUACCACGACAUACUGUCAACCCUACAAGUAACCUCCGCAGACGUCGACGACGAAGCAAUCGCCGAGAUCGAGCGCGCCAUCUCCACCGGCCAAAAAGACCACGAGGCGUCAGCCGCCUACCAGCAGAGAGUCCUCGGCAAAGCCGGACCCCACGUAUCAGCGCUCAAGCAAUCCACCGGCGAAGCGCAGUACACGGACGACACACCGGUGCUGCAGAACGAACUGUUCGCGUGCAUGGUGCUGUCGACCAAGGCGCACGCCAAGAUCCUCAGCGUCGAUACCGCCGCCGCGCUCGCCAUCCCCGGCGUCCACGACUACGUCGACCACCGCGACCUCCCCAGCCCGCAGGCGAACUGGUGGGGCGCGCCUAAUUGCGACGAGCAAUUCUUUGCUGUGGAUGAGGUUAAUACCGCGGGGCAGCCGAUUGGUGUGAUCUUGGCGACGACGGCUAAGAUUGCUGAGCAGGGGGCGAGGGCUGUCCAGGUGCAGUAUGAGGAUUUGCCGGCUAUUCUGUCGAUUGAGGAUGCUAUUGCGGCGGAGUCGUUCUUUGCCCAUUCGCCGUUUAUCAAGUGCGGGGAUCCCGAGAGAGCGUUUGAAACUGCGGAUUAUGUCUUCACGGGAGAGUCGAGGAUGGGUGGUCAGGAGCACUUUUAUCUCGAGACGCAGGCCUGUGUCGUCAUUCCGAAGUUGGAGGACGGGGAAAUGGAGGUUUGGAGCAGCACGCAGAAUCCGACUGAAACCCAAGCCUACGUCGCGCAGGUAACCGGCGUCGCCAACAACAAGAUCGUCUCCCGCGUAAAGCGCCUCGGCGGCGGCUUCGGAGGCAAAGAAACCCGCUCCAUCCAGUUAGCAGGCAUCUGCGCGGCCGCAGCAUCCAAGACCCGGCGUCCCGUGCGGUGCAUGCUCAACCGCGACGAAGACAUGCUCACCUCCGGCCAACGGCACCCCUUCUACUGCCGAUGGAAAGUCGGCGUCAGCAAAACCGGCAAACUCCUCGCGCUAGACGCAGACGUGUACUCCAACGGCGGCCACACGCAGGAUCUCUCCGGCGCGGUCGUCGAGCGCAGCCUAUCGCACAUCGACAACGUGUACAAGAUCCCGAACGUGCACGUGCGCGGCCGCAUCUGCAAGACGAACACCGUCUCCAACACAGCCUUCCGCGGCUUCGGAGGCCCACAGGGCCUGUUCUUCGCCGAGAGCUUCAUGUCCGAAGUCGCAGACCACCUCGAUAUCCCUGUUGAGACGCUGCGGCGGGACAACAUGUACCGCGCGGGAGACAAGACGCACUUCAACCAGGUGAUCAAGGACUGGCACGUGCCGCUGAUGUACGAUCAGGUGCUUGCCGAAAGCUCGUACGACGCCCGACGACAAGCCGUGGAAGCGUACAACAAGACGCACAAGUGGUCGAAGCGCGGGCUAGCGAUCGUGCCGACCAAGUUCGGGAUCUCGUUCACGGCGCUGUUCCUGAACCAGGCGGGCGCGCUGGUGCACAUCUACCACGACGGGAGCGUGCUGGUUGCGCACGGCGGCGUGGAGAUGGGGCAGGGCCUGCACACGAAGAUGACGAUGAUUGCGGCAGAGGCGCUCAACGUGCCCGUCGAAGACGUGUUCAUUUCCGAGACGGCUACGAACACGGUAGCGAACACGUCGUCGACGGCCGCGUCGGCGAGCUCCGACCUCAACGGGUACGCGAUUUUCAACGCGUGCGAGCAGAUCAACGAGCGGCUGCGGCCGUACCGGACGAAGAUGCCCAACGCGCCGAUGAAGGACCUCGCGCACGCGGCGUACUUCGACCGCGUGAAUCUCUCCGCGCAGGGGUACUACCGGACGCCGGAGAUUGGGUACGUGUGGCGCGAGAACAAGGGCCAGAUGUUCUUCUACUUCACGCAGGGCGUGACAGCCGCCGAAGUCGAGAUCGACACGUUAACGGGCGACUGGACGCCCCUGCGGGCGGACAUCAAGAUGGACGUGGGACGCACGAUCAACCCGUCCAUUGACUACGGGCAGAUCGAGGGCGCGUUCGUGCAGGGUCAGGGCCUGUUCACGACGGAGGAGAGUCUCUGGCACCGCGGGACGGGGCAGCUGGCGACGCGGGGGCCGGGCAACUAUAAGAUCCCUGGGUUUAGGGAUAUCCCGCAGGUGUUCAAUGUUAGUUUGCUGAAGGAUGUGGAGUGGGAGGAGUUGCGGACGAUUCAGCGCAGUCGGGGCGUGGGCGAGCCGCCGUUGUUUAUGGGGAGUGCUGUGUUCUUUGCGAUUCGGGAUGCGCUCAAGGCGGCGAGGAGGCAGUGGGGGGUGAACGGUGUGUUGAGCUUGAGGAGUCCGGCGACGCCGGAGAGGAUUAGGAUUAGUUGUGCGGAUCCGAUUGUGGAGAGGGUGAGGGUCGAGGGGAAGGAUGAGGAGUGUUUCUUUGCUUCGAUUUAG